UUCCCAUUCACCACCAAUCGAGCAACAGCGUCGUCGAAUUUGAAGAUGCUGAGCCGGGCAUUGGGCUGGCUGAAAGCGAAGGUCGAUGACUAUGUGCAGAGGAUUGUCAUCCGGAUAUUGGCAGCGGGGCCGGUCCCGAAGCAUGUCGCGUUCGUGAUGGAUGGGAAUCGUCGGUACGCGCGCUCGAGGCAUAUGAGGGUGCAGGAAGGACACUCGGAUGGCUUCGUUGCGCUGCGGAGGCUGCUGGGCAUCUGCCUUCGACUGAACGUCCGCUGUGUCUCCGUGUACGCCUUCGCGAUCGACAACUUCAAGCGUCCACCUGAAGAGGUGGACGCGCUGAUGACGCUCGCGGAGACCAAGCUGACAGAACUUUGCCGACAUGGGGACCUGCUUCAGCAGUACGGGGUACGACUGAACGUGGUGGGAAGGAAGGACAUGCUGCCGGAGUCAGUACGCGAGGCCGUGCGUGUCGCCGAAGAAAUGACGCGAAACAAUCACCGUGCAAUCCUUAAUCUCUGCAUGCCCUAUGCUUCGCGCGACGAGAUGACCCAUGCGGUUCAAGCUGCAGCCCAGGAGAAGGCAGACAGUGUGGGCUACCCGCUGGUCGAUGAGAAAGACAUCGAGAAGCAUCUCAUGACGAGCACUGCAGGCUCCCCGCCGCUUGACAUACUCGUCCGGACCAGCGGCGUACAGCGACUGAGCGACUAUAUGCUGUGGCAGUCCUGCGAAAAGGCACAACUGCACUUCAGUACCACCUACUGGCCCGAGUUUGGGCUAUCUGACUUCCUACCUAUAAUCCUCGACUAUCAGAGGAAACAAUGGACUUUGUAGGUGUAAUCCGAGGACUUCAGACUGCUUCUGUACUUCUGCUGUAAACUACUUCCUCGCGCCGACUAAUAACACGUUCUUUCGCGUCUCUA